CGUCCCAGGAAAUCUCUCGCAGGCUCUCAAUUAGAGGCGCACAAAGUCAUUCAAGAUGGUGUUAGAAGCUCUCUCCAGGAUUAUUAAGACACAACUUCCAGCCUACCUCAAGAAGCUGCCUCUGCCAGAAACUAUCGGAGGCUUUGCGAGACUCACAGUUUUAGAGUGGUUGCGGCUCCUGCCGUUGUUGGGCAUUUUGGCUCUGUUGGGUUAUCUGACCAUCCGACCCUUCCUGCCCAAGAAAAAGAAGCAAAGGGACAGUCUAAUCAACCUGAAGAUCCAAAAGGAAAACCGUAAAGUGGUGAACGAGAUCGAUAUAGAGGACCUGAAGAGUACAAAUGUUUGCUACUGCCGGUGCUGGCGAUCUAAAACGUUUCCUGUUUGUGAUAAAUCGCACAUAAAGCAUAACGAGCUGACAGGGGACAACGUUGGUCCACUUAUUCUUAAGAAGAAGACUCUGUAGCCCACCUGUUUUUUGGCCCAUAGAGGAAGAGGAGUAUCCAGUGCUUUGAAGACCACUCACAACACUUUUAAAUAGAUUGUCGUUUUUCCAUUGAAAAAACAACUUUAAUUUUGUUUAUUGUACUUACUUACCCAAAACUAUUUCCACCUUUUUAUUGUUUUAGUAGUUCUAUAAAAUUGUGACUGUAAUGAUCUGAAUAUUGUGGUUCAUCUAAAGAGAUUAAUUAUAUUGAUUGCAUUUACAUUGUUACACUGGUUAAAUUGUUCUGGUCAUUUUUUUUUUUUAUUUAUAUAUAUAUAUAUAUAUAUAUAUAUAUAUAUUACUUGGAAAAUGUAGUUUGGCCUUUGUGUGCAAUAUAACCGGACCAUAAAGAAAGACAGCUGUUGUCAUCACCAGUCACUGUUUGUGGCCACAAAAGUGUAUUUUUUUUUUUUUUUUUUUAUAUCUGGUUUUAUAGUUGCCUUUUACGAUUUUCUGUACAUUGUGCUGCUUCAGGCCAUUGUAAAAGACUUGCAUUUGACAUUUUGUGAAACCACAUUAAAAGUCACAUAAUUUUUGUUAACUUUUCUAAGUAUGUUAAGAUUUUUAUAUUUUACUUGUUUGCCUUUUUCAACAGAAUGUUUGCUAAAUUAUUGUACAUUUUUCAACUGCAGGAUACUAAAUUACUGUAGUGUUUGCAUACCUAUAGACAUUUCAUGUUGCGUUAGGCUGUAACAGAUGUAAUGGUCAACGAUUUUGAUACACAUUAUUACAAGAUUUAUCAGUGUAACAAAAACGCAUCCUCCUUUUACUUUCCACCUGAACCAAUAUGCUCUAAGAUUGCAAUUCAUAUUAUGUAUGCAUUAAGUUACAUUCAAAACAGUUAUAAACUGCACACACUUUGACAAUCCAUUGGUUCUCGCUAAAAUUUCUGGUGCCAACUGGUUUUGUAUCUGAUGGCUGUUGGUGUUAUGGAUCACCAUAGAUGUUUAUUUUCAUUAAGGUUACAUUUUGUAUGGUAACUGGUCUGUGCCUAAUAACUUUUAUAAAAUAAAAGUUUAACCAAACUAAUUGUCUCUGAAAUACAAGUAGCAUAUACACUCACUGCACACUUUAUUAGGAACACCUGUAUACCUACUUAUUCAUACCUAAUUAUUAAUAUCUAAUCAGCCAAUUGUGUGGCAGCAGUGCAAUGCAUAAAAUCAUGCAGAUACAAGUCAGGAGCUUCAGUAAAUGUUCACAUCAACCAUCAGAAUGGGGAAAAAAAUUUGAUCUCAGUGAUUUUGACUGUGGCAUGAUUGUUGGUGCCAGAUGGGCUGGUAUGAGUAUUUCUGUAACUGCUGAUCUAGAGUUUACUCUGAAUGGUGCCUAAAACAUCCAGUGAAUGGCAGUUCUGUGAAUGGAAACAACUUGUUGAUGAGAGAGGUCAACAGAGAAUGGCCAGACUGCUUCGAGCUGACAGAAAAGCUACAGUAACUCAGAUAACCACUCUGUACAAUUUUAGUGAGCAGAAUAGCAUCUCAGAAUGCACAACACAUCAAACCUUUAAAUGGAUAGGCUACAACAACACGUUGGGCGCUUUAUUAGAACCAUAGUGUUCCUAGUAAAGUUCUUGGUGAGUGUAUAUUUUUACUCUUAAUGCUGUUAACAUGUCUGGUCUCCAAACAGGGACUGAGAAUGUAUGUGUGACACCGUGUAACCGUCUAAGCUUGUCUAGAAGUGCUGUUUGUUUGCCAUCUGUUUUUUGUAUUGUACUUUUUGUAAUAGUGCAGUCCACUAGACUGCUGCUAGACAUGUGUGCUGAAAAUGAUCAGUGUUGCUUAUUUACAUCUGCUUUGCCUUAGAUAAUAAACCAU